AUGACGUUACAGCCUGAUGAACAGUAUCUAGCUGCAAAUGGUCUAGUUGAUUUGGAGAAGGCAGAAGCUAGAAGCAAUAAAGAAAACCUGAAAGAGGCUUUCAGAAUUGCGGAACUGGAGCUGAAUAUUCCACGACUCCUUGAACCUGAAGAUGUUGACAUUAUGAAUCCAGAUGAAAAAUCAAUCAUGACUUAUGUGGCUCAGUUUUUGCAAUACUCCAGGAAUUUGCAUGAGUCUGAAGAAGACAUGCAGGAAAAAGUGGGAGAGGCCAUGAGCUGGUUGACUGCACAGGAGAAGAAGUUAGCAAAGUUGCUGAUGGACACAGAGAAUGAAACAUAUUACCAGAAGUACAAAGAAACGAUGUCAUUUAUGGAAGCAUUUAACCGAGAAAAAAACCCCUUUCUGCCUGUAUUGUCAUCAAAAAGAAGUGAAGCUGAGCUGAGCGAAGGCCAGCAACAGAUGAGAGAAAAGUGGGAUAAACUGAUCUCUCAGAUUAACGAAUGGAAAGCGAAACUGGACCAGAUGUUGCCCUCCCCUCUGGAUAGCAUUGAGGCUUGGCUUCAGGAGGUAGAACAUCUGCAGGCAGAAGAUCUGCCUGAUUUGCAGGACCCGUUUAAAGCAAUGUUUGCCUUCAGAGAAAUAAUUGUAAUAUUUAAGGGCUUGAUGGAUUGUUUUGAUUCUCACUUGGACACCCUUCAAUCAUUUAAGAAUGAAGAUGAGAAGAAUAUGCCACUAGUCUUGCCUGAAAAAUUCAGCAAUAUUCAUUUCACAAACUCCAACACCUUUCUUGAGUACCACUAUGGACUGUGCUCAGCUAUUGCCAAUGAGGUGAUGUUAAAGCUAAAUAUCUGGGACAUGAAAUAUGGGACAAAAGAAUCCGUGGAAUCACUGCUGGAAAGUUGGAAUAAUUUCAUUGAAGAAAAGAGACUUGAAAUGCAACUAGAAACUGCUACUCACAUCUGUGAAGAUUUGAAAAACAAAAACAUAAGCAAUCCUGACUUUGCUGGAGAUCCUCAAGAAAUUAGCAAACUUUUUAAGACAGUGGAGUCAAAGAUUUCUAUGUGCAGACACUAUAUUUCCAGUGUAAAUACCACUCUAGAGAAAGUCCUGUCUUCCUGGAGUAAUUAUACAGAAAACAUCCACUUACUAAAGACGUGGCUGGAAGAAAAACGAAAUGAGAAUCCGAAAGAGAUCCCUGCUGAGAUCCUGGCAAAGUGGAAUUCAGUUCAUGGUUCCUUAAAUGAAGCUGGAAACUACCUCAUUGAAGUCAGCAAAGAGCAAGUUGGAUCAAGUAUUGCCAAAGAGCUGAAGAAACUUAACAGGAGAUGGGCUAAAUUCAUCAAGAGGACACACUUU